GUUCACUCUUUUCGUUCUUUCACACCGCAUUAGUCACGAGGAUUUUUUGAAUUGCAAAAUCUUUAUUUAUUUGCUGUGAAAAGUAAUUCCUAAUUACAAAAAUGGCUUUACACGUGCCUAAAGCUCCGGGGGUACCCUCAAUGCUGAAAGAUGGAGCACGGAUGUUCUCGGGUUUGGAAGAAGCCGUAUACAGGAAUAUAAACGCAUGCAAGCAGUUUGCACAAAGCGUGCGCUCCGCUUACGGCCCUAAUGGCAUGAACAAAAUGAUCAUCAACCACAUUGACAAGCAGUUUAUAACCAGUGAUGCUGGCACCAUCAUCAGAGAGCUAGAUGUGGAGCACCCGGCUGCGAAACUGAUGGUCCUUGCCAGCCAAAUGCAAGAUUCUGAAGUUGGUGAUGGCACCAACUUUGUUAUUGUCAUAUCAGGUGCACUCUUGGAAGCUGCUGAAGAACUUCUCCGUCUCGGUGUUACUACUAGUGAAAUUGCUGAAGGAUACGAAAAAGCCCUGGAUAAAUGUCUAGAAAUCCUGCCAGAACUUGUAUGCCAGGAAAUUAAGGACUACAAAAAUGUUGAGGCAGUUACAAGGGGUAUCAUACCAUCAAUUAUGUCCAAACAGUAUGGAAAUGAAGAGUUUAUUGCCAGUCUUGUAGCUAAAGCCUGUAUUGCAAUCCUACCUGAAAAAACCACAUUCAAUGUUGACAAUGUCAGAAUUUGCAAGAUUCUAGGAGCUGGUCUUCUUCAAUCUGAGGUACUCUCCGGCAUGGUGUUCAAACGUGAAGUUGAAGGCGACGUCUCAUCUGCUUCUAAAGCUAAAGUAGCUGUGUACUCUUGCCCAAUUGACAUCACCCAAACAGAGACCAAGGGAACAGUCCUUAUUAAGACUGCUGAUGAACUGCUGAACUUCAGCAAAGGUGAAGAAUCCCUACUGGAGAAGCAGAUCAAGGAUAUUGCUGACACUGGAGUGAAAGUCAUUGUAGCUGGUGCUAAGUUUGGAGACAUGGCCCUACAUUACCUGAACAAAUUUGGAAUUAUGAGUGUCCGUAUCCCAUCCAAAUUCGAUCUUCGUCGCCUUGCAAAGACUGUCAAUGCCACAGUACUCCCAAGACUAACUACCCCUACAGCAGAUGAGCUUGGAUAUUGUGAUCAGGUACUUGUUGAGGAACUGGGAGAUACAAGAGUUGUGGUGUUCCGCAUGGAGAACACCGAGUCACGCAUCGCCACAAUUGUCAUCCGUGGCUCUACAGAUAACUACAUGGAUGAUAUUGAAAGGGCCAUUGAUGAUGGUGUCAAUACAUUCAAGGGCAUUGCUAGAGAUGGACGAUUCCUCCCUGGUGCCGGCGCCACAGAGACAGAGCUUGCGCAGCGUCUUCUUCAGUAUGCAGACACACUGCCUGGACUAGAACAGUACGCCGUGAGGAAGUUCGCCGUCGCAUUGGAGAGUAUACCUCGGGCUCUCGCUGACAACUCCGGCGCUAACGCCACUACAGUUGUUAACAACAUUUACAAGGCUCACAAGGAGGGUAACAAGAAUGUAGGCUAUGACAUUGAUUCUGAAGAAAAUGGUGUUGUAGAUGCUAACAAAAAAGGUGUUUUGGACUUGUAUGUACUGAAGUACUGGGGCUUGAAAUACGCUGUCGGUGCCGCCACGACCAUCCUAAAGGUUGACCAAAUCAUCAUGGCGAAAAGAGCAGGCGGUCCUAAACCUCCUAAACAAAACGUCGGAAGUGAUGACGAGUCUUAAUUCUAAUAUACUACUAAUUCAUAUAAUUCAGAAAUUGCUAGCUAUAAUGUAUGCUUUACAGAGUAUUUUUAGUUAAGGAACUUCAUAACAUUAAAUUUUUAACUACUUAUGGUUAUUUUACAUGGCUUGAUUCAUGAGCUGGUUGAAUGUCACGAACUAAUGUUAUAAUUGAUGGAAUAAGCACUGUCGCAACAAUACUUGUGGCCGCAAUAAAAUAUUUAACACA